AUGGCCGACUCGACCGCACCCGCCGACCAGCAGCCGCCGGCUGGCAACCCUCCUGCCCCGGCCGCCGACGUCGAGGAGCUCAACCCUGACGGCACUCCGCUCUCGGACAACCAGAAGAAGAAGCGUGCGGCCAAGGCCGAAAAGGAGCGCAUCAAGGCCGAAAAGGCCGCCAAGCUCGCCGCCGAAAAGGCUGCCCGCGAGGCCGCCGACGUCGACUUUGCCUCGCAAAACUACGGCAAGCUGCCGCUCAACAUGUCCCAGGAGCGCACCGGCCGCAAGUUUACCGCCAUCGCAGACAUCAACGAGGAGCGCGACGGCGAGCAGGUCCUGCUCUCGGCCCGCAUCCAGACCAGCCGCUCGCCCUCGGCCAAGCUCGUCUUUGUCACGCUGCGCCAGCGCACCGACUGCGUCCAGGCCACGCUGGCCCAGGCGCCCGAAAAGGUGUCGAAGCAGAUGACAAAGUGGGCCGCCUCGCUGGCCGCAGAGACCAUCGUCCUGGUCGAGGGCACCAUCGUCCGCGCGCCCAAGCCCAUCGAGUCGGCCACCAUCACCGUGCGCAACGCCGAGAUCAAGAUCUCCAAGAUCCACUCGACCUCGGAGAUCGCCUUUGAGCAGCUGCCCUUUGGCGUCGACGACGCCACCCGCUCCGACGCCGAGAUCCAGGCGAGCCAGGAGACCGACCGGCCGCUGCCGCCCAUCGCCCUCGACACCCGCCUCGACAACCGCGUCCUCGAGCUGCGCACCACGACCAACCAGGCCAUCUUCCGCCUCACCCACGGCGUCUGCCGCCUCUUCCGCGAGUACCUCGACAACCUCGACUUUGUCGAGAUCCACACGCCCAAGCUCCAGGGCGCCGCCACCGAGUCGGGCUCGUCGGUCUUCAAGGUGGGCUACUUCAAGGGCAGCGCGUUCCUCGCCCAGAGCCCGCAGCUGGCCAAGCAGAUGGCCAUCGCCGCCGACUUUGGCCGCGUCUACGAGAUCGGCCCCAUCUUCCGCGCCGAGGACAGCAACACCCACCGCCACAUGACCGAGUUCACCGGCCUCGACCUCGAGAUGGCCUUUGACGAGCACUACCACGAGGUCGUCGACGUCCUCGACGGCCUCUUCACCUUCAUCUUCCGCGAGCUGCCAAAGCGCUACCGCAAGGAGAUCGACGCCGUCAAGCGCCAGUUCCCCUGCGACGAGUUCCUGCUGCCCGAGAAGACGGUGCGCCUCCAGUACAAGGACGCCGUCGCGCUGCUGCGCGAGGCCGGCAAGGAGCUCGGCGACCUCGACGACCUCUCGACGGAAAUGGAGCGCACCCUCGGCGCCCUCGUGCGCGAAAAGUACAAGACCGACUUUUUUAUGCUGGACAAGUUCCCGCUCGACAUCCGGCCCUUCUACACGAUGCCCGACCCUACCGACGAGCGCUACUCGAACUCGUACGACUUUUUCAUGCGCGGCCAGGAGAUCCUCUCGGGCGCGCAGCGUAUUCACGACGCCGGCUACCUCGAGGAGCGCAUGGCAAAGGCGGGCGUCCCCGUCGAGAGCAUGAAGCACUACGUCGAGGCCUUCCGGCUGGGCGCGCCCCCGCACGCCGGCGGAGGCAUCGGCCUGGAGCGCGUCGUCAUGUUCUACCUCGGACUGGGCAACAUCCGAAGGGCCUCGAUGUUCCCGCGCGACCCGAGGCGUCUCGAGCCUUAG